AUGGGUAACUCAAUAUCGAAAACUUUAGGGAGACUAUUCGGAUCCCGUGAAAUGAAGAUUUUAAUGUUAGGCUUAGAUAACGCAGGGAAGACCACCAUACUUUAUAAAUUGAAAUUAAACAAGAUAAAAACUUCCACACCGACAGUGGGGUUCAAUGUGGAAACUGUUAAAUAUAAAAAUGUGAAAUUUAAUAUGUGGGAUGUAGGUGGUCAAGCAAGAUUAAGACCUCUUUGGAGACAUUAUUUCCCAGCAACUACUGCCCUAAUCUUUGUUAUAGAUUCAAAUGAUGAUGAUAGGUUGAUUGAAGCUAAAGAGGAACUGUAUAGUAUUAUUAGUGAGAAGGAAAUGGAAGAUGUGGUAUUGUUAGUCUGGGCAAAUAAACAGGAUUUAAAAAAUGCGAAGAAACCGCAAGAAAUUUCUGAAUUCUUAGAAUUGGAUAGAAAUUUAAAAAAUCAACAAUGGUGUGUUAUUGGAAGUAAUGCAUUGACUGGACAAGGUUUAGUAGAGGGAUUAUCAUGGAUAUCAAAUAAUACCAAUAAUAAGUAA